UCGGAACAACUACCAAUAUGGAUCCGGGGGAAAGCGGAGUCGGCGGGGGCGGCGGAAAGAUCCGGACGCGGCGCUAUCAUCUGGCAGCGGCCUCCUCGAAGCCUUAUCCAAGGAACAAGCAGGGAAUUAUAAAUAUUGUGAAGGAAUCUAUAAAAAACAUUGUUCCAACUUGGCUUCAAAGAUAUUUUACGCAAAAUGAAGAGACAUCUCCAAAUGAGCAAAGAAAUCUGGAAGCGGGGGAUAUAAACUACCAUCCUGCCUUUGCAGAUGAUAUCACUGAAACUGCUUUUGACAUAGAUGGUCGAAUCAAUCCUGAGCCAACCAGAAUUACUUUAGGAGAGCCAUCAACAAGUAGAUCUAGUUUAAAUUUCACAGAUAUUUUAACACGUCCCUCUCUUCAUCGAAGUCACACUAACUGCAACAUUUUGGAUUCUUCACCACCACUCUGUCAACCAUCCACAUCAACUGCAUUUCCAGUUAGUAAUUCUAGACUUUCACUUGGAAAAGAAAUGAAAGAUUCUACCUCGCAGCAUGAAGAUGAUAACAUCUCAACUACAAGUGGCUUCUCUUCAAGAGCAUCUGAUAAAGACAUAACAGUUUCAAAAAAUGCUUCAGUGCCACCUUUAUGGUCUGCUGAGAGUGAAAGACCUGUUUCCCUUCCUCAACAUUCAGCAAAUAGUUCUAAAAAACCUGGAUUUAAUUUGUCUGCUUUUGGAGCACUCUCUCCUUCACUUGGUAAUGCAUCGUUUCUUAAGGCAAGUCAGCUUGGGAAUUCUCCAUUUUACCCUGGUAAAACUACAUAUGGUGGUGCAGCUGCAGCAACAAGGCAGUCUAAAUUACGAAUUACUCCAUAUCAGACACCAAUAAGACGACAAAUGAAAGCCAAGCAAGUGAACGCACAAUCGUAUGGAGUGACAAGUUCCACUGCAAGGCGCAUCUUGCAGUCUCUGGAGAAGUUAUCAAGUCCAUUAGCAGAUGCUAAAAGAAUUCCCUCUUCAGUUUCUACUUCAUUGUCAUCUCCUCUGGAAAACAGUAUGCUGAAUGUUACCAAUUUCCAUUCAUCAAGGAAAAGAGUUGAAACUCAUUAUCCACCAGUUCAGAAGCUUGUGACACCCAAGCCUGUUUCACGGUCAAUGACUCAUUCACAAUUUUUUAAACCUUCUCUCGUGUCUACUGCUGAAUCAAGCAGGAUACGAAAGAGACUAGAGAUCAACCAUAAAGCAGGGCAGGAGAAAAGGCUCACAACGGAAUUGCAAAGUGAACAAUCAACAAGCGUCACAAGCCCUACAUUCACGGCUUCUACAGCCAAUGGACUACCACCUGCAGUAGGAAGUGCUGGAGGCAAAAUGAGAAAGGGAAGAGGUAUACACUAUGUACCAAAAUCCACAGAAAAUGAGGAGAUGGAGAUACCAGCACUACCAGAAAUUUCUCUGCCCAUUAGUACAUCAUCACUGCCAAAAUUCAGCUUUGGCCCUCCGGCUAGUUCUUCUGGUUCAUCCUUAACUUCCAGUGCUGCCCAACCAGUGACUAACAAGGUACAGCCAGCUAGCAGUCCUGUAUUCAAAUUUUCAUCUCCAAUUGUAAAAUCUACUGAAGCAGAAAUGCUGCCUCCAGUAUCUAUUGGUGGAUUUAAAUUUAGUGCUCCUGUUGCAAAAUCAUCUGAUCUUUCAGGAUCCAGGAAUACUUCAUUAUCACCCCAAAUUAAUUCAGCUGUCAACAACAUAAGCAAUGAGAAAGAAAAUGAGUAUGAUGGUCCUUUUAAGCCUGCAAAAAUCCUAAAAGAAGGGAGUGUUCUGGAUAUUUUAAAAAGUCCUGAUUUUGCUUCCCCAACUAGUCUAUCAACAUCCUCAUCAUCAAUCACACCAUAUGUUGAAACAAGCACAGUGGUUUACACAAGGCCUGCAAUAAGUAAUUUUUCUGGAGCUGUUUCAGGAUUUGGAGAUCCUAUGAAGCAAAUGCCAACGCAUUGGCCACAAUAUACAUGUCUUCCACAAAACAAGUUGGCAGAAAAUAAAUGUACAUCCUGUCAAAUUACAAAAGUGCCAACUUCCAGUGGUACUAAACAGACUGAGACUUUGACUCAGAACACCACCAUCAAAUCAGUAGUUUCUUCAACAGAAGCACAGGGGUUUGGAGAUAAAUUUAAGGCAGGAGCUGGCACUUGGGACUGUGAUACCUGUUUGGUCCAGAACAAAUCAGAAACUGCAAAAUGUGUGGCCUGUGAAACACCAAAACCUGGAACGGGAGUUAAACAAGCUCUGGUGUUGCCUCUUGUCACAGACAGUGCAACCACAACAGUGUCUUCCUCUUCUAGUUCUACUACUGUUACAAAUACUUUAGGAUUUGGAGACAAAUUCAGAAAGCCGAAAGGUGCUUGGGAAUGUUCUGUGUGCUUAGUGUCAAAUCUGGAAGAGAACAACCAGUGUGUGGCCUGUCAAUCAGACAAAGCAGGGAGUUCAGUACCUUUGGUCAGUGGCAGUACUUCAACUUUACCUACACUUUCUGGAGGAUUUUUGAAUUUAGACAAAUUCAAGAAACCAGUAGGAAGCUGGGACUGUGAAACCUGCUUAGUACAAAACAAACCAGAUGCAACCAAAUGUAUAGCUUGUGAGAGUUCAAAACCAGGCCACAAAACUGAAUUCAAAGGUUUUAGUACAGCUACUUCCGAGCCAUCUGCUCUUUCAUUUAAAUUUGGUAUUCAGUCAUCGUCGCCGUCAUCAGAAUUAUCCCAGACUGCAGGAAAAAACUUCAAAUUUGGAGAACAAGCAGGAUUCAAAUUUAGUAGUACAUCAGAUUUGGGUUCUUCAGGAGGCUUUAAAUUUUCUAAAAAUGAAGGCUCCAAUCCAGGAAGCGUUUCUUCAGAGUCUAAAUCUGAGGAAAAUGUGAAAGAAGGAAAGAACAACAACACUUUCAGUUUUGGACUUCCUGCUGGAGGUAGCAGUUCAUCUACUACCCCAUUUCAGUUUGGAAUAGCUAACCUUGGACAACAAGAGAAGAAAGAUGGACUUAACAAGUCAGUUGUAGGAGGUUUCACUUUUGGCACAAGUUCUAUAGGAGCCGCAACUGCAUCUGAGAAAAAAACUGGAAUAAGUACUUUCAAAUUUGGAAAUGUAGAGGAGAAGGAAAUUGCAGAAAGUCCCUUUUCCUCUAAGAAAUCAGAGAAGAAGGAAGCACCUUCAGCAAAAGGUGGCUUUACUUUUGGUAAAAUAGACCCUGUGAAUGCCCCACUGCUUACUAUGGGAAGGACAGAUGAAAAGCAGGAGGUGGCUGCCUCUUCUACUCCAUUAGUGUUUGGAAAGAAAGCAGAGCGCGAAGAGUCAAAGGCGCAACCCAUGUUUUCAUUUGGGAAAACAGAACAAACCAAAGAUGAUGGCACAGUAAAACCUGCAUUUAAUUUCGGCUUGGCAAAACCUGCUGAGAAACCAGCUGAACAACAAAUGAAACCAACAUUUGCAUUUGGGGCACAAGCAAACUCUCCAGAUCCAGCACCAGCAAAGGAGGCAUUCACCUUCCUGAGCUCUACUUCUUCUAAUACUCCUAUGCCAAAUGUUUCUCUUGGUGGCAGCAAUAGCAGUAGCGGCGGCGGCGGCACAAUAUUUAGCAGCACCACUUCUUCCUCUGCUCCCCCGCCGGCCUUUUUAUUCGGACAGGCCAACAACAGUAUGAGCAGUUCAGCUUUUGGCAAUCCUUCUGAUUCAAAUACCACACAGUCUUUUGGGUUCUCUCACGACAGCAAGCCGCCAACAACCACUUCCAGUGCAAGCACUCCUGCUCCAUUCCUGUUUGGCUCAGUCGCCCCCACUAACAUCACACCUAACACCGGCUUCAGUUUCUCAGCACCUACCACAACCACACCUCCUACAGGUUCCUCUUCUUCCUUUGUGUUUGGCUCUGGAUCUUCAGCUUCUACAGCCGGUCCAGCUUUUGGUGCUAGUCAGACACCGACAUUUGGUCAAAGCCAAGCCUCCAAUCAGACCAGUACUCCAAACUUUGGAUCACUUUCCUCAUCUUCAUUAUUUCCUGCUAGCUCUCUGCCUGCUCCUCCAGCUUUUGGGACUGUUUCAGGUAGUGCCCAGCCUUCUGUCUUUGGACAACAAGCUAACCAACAACCUGGUUUUGGUUCAGCUACAGCUCCCAGUAGUAGUCAAGUAUUCCAGUUUGGAAGUAGUCCUGCUAAUUUCAACUUUUCAAGCAACAAUCCAGCAAUAUUUACCUUUGGUGCAGGUUCAACUGCACCAGCACAGCCAACAGGUUCUUCGGGAUUUGCAUUUACUCAGGCUUCAUCAUUUAAUUUGGGCAGGAAUAACGGGAAAAGUACAUUCGCCACGGGAUCUUCAGUGACUAGUCGGAAGAUAAAGACAGCUGUUAGACGUAGAAAAUAAAAAUAUUAAUGAUUGUUACAGACAGCAACUCAAUUGCCACAGUUGGUUGCCCUGCAUUGUUCAGUUCCUGAAUUGUACCUCAUGUUGGGUUUAGCUGAAGCCAGGUCUGCCUAAACUCUGCUCGCUUUUUUUUCUCUCCAUUUAAGUUUUUUUUAAAAACAACAACAAUAACAAUAAUAAUAAUAAUUAGAAUUGGUGGUAGGGAGGAUCUUGAGCAAAACUACUUUAGAAUCCAGCAGUUUUUCUUCCCUGACUUGGCAUGGUCUGGCUAUAGAUAUAAAUAUAGCCUGCACAGCGAAUGGCUUCAUAUAAUUCCUCUGUUUGCACCCACUUUGUGCGCUCUUCUGCAUUUAUGGACAGUUCAAAAUUGUAAUUAUAUUAGAGAGGGGAGUCUGUAUAGAAUAGAGAAUGUGGAUAAUGAAUUUUCUUUGCCGAGUUUGUGCUGAUGUAUGUGUGAAGUGAGCGAGUUGUGUGUAUAGUGCACUAAUUCUGAUAGAGGAAGAAUGGUUAAAGAAUAGUCCAUGCUAAGGACUAGUUAGAUCAGUAGUAUUUCAUUCAAUAAUUAUAUGCUCUUUCUAUUUUCAUUCUUACUUAUCUCGCCUUUUCAUUAUUUUAUUAUGAAACAAAUGUGUAAAUACUAUUCUGUUUCUCUAUGUACUUUGACAUAACAAAUCUGUGAACUUGAAAUUUUAAUUUUGUGUGUUACUGCAAAUUUUUGUUUAGUAUUGUCUCAGAUUUUAUUAUGUAAAUCUCAUUAUUCAAAGUUGCCUAAAUCCAUUAAAAACAUUUAAAAUUGGGAAUUCUUAAAGUAAAUUUAUUGGCUUUUCUGAUCCAUUUUUGUUUGGACCAAAAACCAGUAUUGUACAAAGUGUUAAGUAUAUAU